AUGAAAGCUGUCGGGUACUUGCGCGUGUCAUCCAGGGCGAACUCAGGGGACGGGAAAACUAGUCUACAGAGGCAGGAAUCGGUCAUCAGAGCGUACACGAAAAGGAGCGCACUUCGACUGAAUCGAGCUGGCCUUUUCGAGGAUAUCGGCGUCUCGGGCACGACGCCUGUGCAGAAAAGGCCGGGGUUCGUAAAGAUGUUGGAUUAUGCCAAGGAGCAUAACAUCAACAAAAUUAUUUUCGAAGAUGCCUCUAGACUGGCACGGUGUGUGGUGGUGCAGGAAUUGGCACUGAGCCUGCUGCGAGACAUGGGUUUCUCUGCUAUCUCUGCAUCCAACCCUGAUCAUUUCUUAGAAGACGACUCUCCUCACACAACACUGGUCCGGCAGCUUAUUGGAUCGAUUUCGGAGUUUCACAGAAGUGAGACUGUCACUCGCUUGAAGAAGGGACGAGACAUCAAUCUGCAGAAGUCCAUGAAGGUCACUAUGCAGGGCUCUCCCAAGCUGGGUGGCAAGCCGAAUCGAUUGGAAGGCAAAGAAGGCAAAGUCAUUAAAGGAGUCAUCCGCAGUGUCUUGAAAGACAAGGCGAUCAAGAAAGGUGACCUGGCGAAGAUCUGCGAGAAGCUAUUCCAGAAAGGUAUCUCAACUGCCAAGGGUAAGGUCGUGAGCCACUCCCAAGCCUCGACGUGGGCAAACGCCGUGUUGAAUGUCUAA